UGCAACACUCUCCUGACUGGUGUCAACCUCCCUCUUCCAUUCUGAAAGCUGGUAGGCGGUGCUCUGUUUAUUGCUCCCCUUGUUUAGUGCCACAUUAAAUUUCUGUUUAGCUAUGGGCGACGACAUUGGAAACAGGAAUCCUGAGAUUAAAUAUACACAGCUAUUUAUCAAUAAUGAAUGGCAUAAUUCAGCAAGUGGGAAGACAUUUCCAACAAUAAACCCAUGCAAUGGAGAGGUUAUCUGUCAGAUCCAAGAGGGAGAUAAGGCCGAUGUUGACAAAGCGGUCCAAGCUGCAAGAAAUGCCUUCAAAUUGGGUUCCAAAUGGCGAACCAUGGAUGCAUCCGAAAGAGGGAAACUGAUUCAUAAGUUUGCAGAGCUUUUGCUCCGAGAUAUAGACUAUAUAAGCAGUUUGGAAUCUCUUGACAAUGGAAAAGCCUACACUGCUUCUGUUGGUGACAUAGAACAUUCUGCGGAUGUUUUCAAGUACUACGCAGGAUGGUGUGAUAAAAUAUGCGGGAAGACCAUUCCUGCUGAUGGUUCGAUCUUCUGCUACACACGCCAUGAGCCAGUCGGUGUCUGUGGCCAGAUCAUCCCAUGGAAUUUCCCGGUAGCCAUGUUGUCAUGGAAACUUGGACCAGCUCUUGCUUGCGGAAAUACCGUUGUAUUGAAGCCAGCAGAACAGACGCCACUCACAGCCCUCUACUGCGCAGCAUUAUUCAAGGAGGCUGGUUUUCCACCUGGAGUUGUCAAUAUAGUGCCAGGAUAUGGACCAACGGCAGGUGCUGCUAUCUCUGAACACAUGGAAAUUGACAAGGUCGCUUUUACUGGCUCUACAGAGGUGGGCCGCAUUGUUAUGGCAGCAGCUGCGAAGUCUAACCUUAAACGCGUGACAUUGGAACUUGGAGGAAAGAGUCCAUUGAUCAUUUUCUCCGAUGUAGAACUUGAUUGGGCUGCUGACUGGGCACACAAUGCUAUUUUUGCAAACCAUGGUCAAAACUGCUGCGCUGGUUCGAGAACGUUUGUGCACGAGUCAAUAUACGACAAGUUUGUUGCUAAAGCGAAAAAACUUGCCGAAGAAAGGAAAGUUGGUGACCCGUUCAAAGUUGACACUGCCCAAGGACCCCAGAUCAAUAAAGAACAGUUUGAUAAAAUCCUUGGACUUAUUCAAAGCGGGAAAGAGCAAGGAGCGAAAGUACAGUGCGGAGGCGAGAGAUUUGGUGACAAGGGAUACUUUGUCAAGCCAACCGUCUUCUCUGACGUAACUGACGAUAUGCGAAUCGCGAAGGAGGAGAUAUUUGGACCUGUUCAACAAAUCAUAAAAUUCAAAGACAUUGACGAGGUUAUCGAGAGAGCCAACAAAACUCACUAUGGUCUAGCUGCUGGUGUGCUCACCAAGGACAUUGACAAAGCAAUGACCUUUGCUAACAGUGUGCUUGCUGGAAGCGUCUGGAUUAAUUGUUACGACCUCUGCACGCCACAGACACCUUUUGGUGGAUUCAAGCAGUCAGGUCAUGGACGAGAACUUGGUGAAUACGCCUUACGUGAGUACACAGAAGUCAAGACGGUCACUAUGCAAAUACCAAAGAAGAAUUCAUAAAUAUGCUCCAUGAAGUUCCAUUUCUGGACAGUUGCUGGACCAUUGCUGGACGUUGUAGUUAAUAAAGCUGUCUGCUGAGAUUUAUAAAUAGAAAUAUUAUAAUUUUCGUUUUUGCAAGUAAUACUUCUGUUUGCAUAGAUAGAUUGAUAAGCUGUUUUGGCUUUAUUUUAAAUGCACAAAUGUAUAACUUGAAGGCCAGAAAAUCCAGGAAAUUGUUAGGCAUCAAAUCUCAAUUGACAAGUCUGCCACAUUACGUCACAUGGCAUAGAACUUAAUAUGGGUGAUUUUGUACACCUUAUCAGAUUCUCUAUCGCCGUUCAAUGCUCUAAGCCAGUUCACCGCAUUUAAAUUCUUCUUUUUGCAUGUUUUUGGUCUUGAAACGUGCAUGCGAAUCGUACAAAUUCCUAUUGAUUCUGAUAAUAUUUAGCUCUACCACUUUUUUAUAUCCCUUACGCAUUUUUUCAAAAAUGUGUUACAUAUCCAGAUAAACAAAUUACAUUGGCUUAAAGCGCCACUUGGGGGAAUUCCUCCCGGUUAAAAGCUUAAUUUCUAAAAUCGUAAUUGAACUCUUCGACUGUUGUUGUAUCAGUUGUUAAAGGCUAUCGAAAAACUGAGUAGGCUCGGUUUGUGUUAAGAUUUUAUGCAGAAGUGUUACUCAAUAUUUCAUGAUUUAGAUUGAUAGUCAAUGAAAAACUGUCA